UUCAAAUCUUUUUAAGUGAUCAUCAUAUAUCACACAUAUAUGUUUCUAAUGAUCUGGGUGAUUCAGAAUUAGUACUCACAGUAGGUUUCUUGCAGAGAAAACAACUGUUCAAACCCUAAACCUCCAAAUCAUUUCUUCACUGCAUGAAAGAUGGAAACUGGAGUUGUCACCAUCCAAGAACCAGUCUCUACAAAGGCUGAGGUUGGAGAAGCUCCUGCAGGAGUAAUACUUGACAAAUCAUCCAUGGAAGUACAUAAUAUAAACCAAGGUACUGUUCUUGAUGAUGAGAUCACAAGUGGCGAUCGCAGAAACAAUAUUGUUACGGGAGAAGCAGAUGUUGUAAAUGGUUCAGGGAAUAAAGAAACCGAAGAAUUAGAACACGAAAAAGGAGAAGUGACAAAGACUAUUUCAGUUGUCGAUGACAGUCAGAUCGUUAAUGAUGAUCAAGACUCUUUCUUCAUUCAUGAACCUCAAAGCUUCAACAAAGCAACAGAAGAUGAGAACAUUAUUUUAAGUGAUGUGACUUUAGAGAAAAAGAAAGAAGAUGAUACUACCGGAAAGCCAGAAGAGGUAAGUGUCGAAAAACCGGUAAUAGAAGAAGAUCACACAGAAACAAAACACUUACCAGAACAAGAGGAAGAGACUGGUAACAUCUCUAAGGCCCGUGAAGAUAUACCGAUAGAGACUGAGAAAGUAAAAGAAGAAACAGAUUCAAGUACUGUUGAGACCUCUGUAAAUGGAACAGAGGCUGAGCAUAACGCAACGGUUUCAGUAGAAGAAAUCUCGAGGAAUGGUGAUAACAUUGUGAAUGCAAAAGUUCCAGAAGAUCAAACCGCAACAGAUGGGGAACCACUACAUGUUGUUGAUAAUACAAAAACAGUUCUUCUUGAAGUGAAAAAAGAAGAAGAAGAUGCAGAACCGUUGUAUAAGACAGUUGUAGACGACGCUAAUACCACUAAUAAUGAAGAAACUACAGCUCAUGAAUCUAUAAUCUUGAAGGGAGAUAACCAUCAGGAGGAGUAUGCAGAACCAGUAGAAGCAAUCAAAAACUCGGACGAUGCAGAGCAAAUCUCACGUGAAGUGACUGUAGACAAAGAAAAGCAAGAGGACAUAACCCAAAAAACAGAAGAGGUUCAAGAAAGUCCUAGUGUAAUCGAAACACCGACAAUAAAAGGAGAGGACAUUGAAUCAAAAGUUUCAUUAGACCAUGAGGAUAAAAUGUCAAAGGAUACUAAGGAGCAAGAACAUUUGUUCGUGAGAGACGUACCAGUACCACAAGGUGAUACGCUUGUAACUGAAGCUGAGACUGCAGAUACUUCAACAGUCCAAGAAGCUGAGAUCUUGAAGACCAAUAUUACUGAAAAAGAGGCAAUUCACAGUGCAAUAGGUGGAGAAGAAGAAGGUCAAGAGACAAAGGAAAACACAAAACCGAGUAAAGAUCUGAAAGACGAUAAAGAACAAGAAGAAAUAGAGACCAUAAUUUCAUCUGAUGAGGUGAGAUCUUCUGAUGUUCAUGGUGAAGUAUUUGGUGAACAUAGCGAGCCUUAUAACUCGGAGAUCAAAGAUGGGAGCUAUGGAAGAGAAGAAUCUAUUGAGGUCAAAUCUAAAGAGACAGUUCCAGAAAAAGAAACCGCAGCAGAUGGUGAAUCAGUACAUGGAACUACACAAAGAGUUCUUUUUGAAGCAGAAAAAGAAGAAGACAAGGAAGAGAUUAAAAUAGAUGAAGAACCGAAACUGAAUGCGAUAGAGAAAGUGGAAACAGAGACUGUAAAGACAAUUGUAGAAGACCCUGAGAUUGUUAAUAAUGAAGAAACUUCAGUCCAUGAAUCUGAAAGCUUGAAGGAGAAUGCAGAACCACUGGAAGCAAUCAAAAACUCAGAUGAUGAAGAGAAAAUCUCACGUGAAGUGAUCGUAGACAGAGGAAAGGAAGAGGACAUAACCCAAAACACAGAAGAGAUUCAAGAACGUCCUAGUGUAAUCGAAACAUCGAAAAUACAAGGAGAGGACAUUGAAUCAAAAGCCUCACUAGAACUUAAGGAAGAGGUAGAUCAAAGCUCAAAGGAUACCGAGGAACAUGAACAUUUGUUGGAGAGAGACUUACCGCAGUGUGAGACCCUUGAAGUUGAGGCUGUUGAGACAAAAGAAGACACAAAACCAAGUCUGGACCUGAAAGAGGAUAAGGAAAAAGAGGAAACAGAGACGAUAAAAGCCGUCAUUUCGUCUGAUGAGGUGAGAUCUGAUGUUCAAGAAGUAGUUAUUGCUGAACAUAAAGAUGAGAGCCAUGGAAGAGAAGAAUCUGUUGAGGUCAAAUCUCAGGAGACUGUUCAAGACGAAAACAUUGAGGAGAAGCAUGAGGAUCAUAUUGAUGUACCAUCUAAAGAAUCGGAGAAGUGUCAAGACAACGAACCCGAGACAGUUCUAGUCUCCAAUACAGAAAGCCAUGAGAAAUCUGAAGAAAGUCCAUUAGAUCUUGCGUUAAAUGUAGAUAAAGAGGAGCUGAAUGAUGAGAAGAUAAAUGUUGAUGGAACUAAAAUUACGGAGGAACAGAAAGGCUUAGACUCAAACAGGGCAGAGGCAGAGCAAAUUGAUCGAAACAGAACCGAUGAAAAAGAGGAAAGCCCAGUUGCAAAGCCGGUUUCUCUUCCGGAUUUUGAAUCAGUGGAGCAGAUGCAGAAGCCAACACUUGAGUCUCCUUCUGAAGUAUCAGAAGAAUCAAGCAAAACUGUAGAUGAGAAAAUCGAAGAAAAAACAGAAGAAGAAGUAACAGUCAAUCAAGAAGGCCAAGUGGACGGUUCCUAUGGAUUAGAGACAAAAGAAGAGACAGUUUCAGUACCGAAGAGUAUUGAGCUUGGAGAACAACCCCAAGAAGAAAGGAGUGUGAUUGAUCCGACUCCUCUGCAAGAAGAAUCAUUCCUACCAAAUGAGCAAGAAAAAGAAACAAAGUUAGAGAAGCAUGAACCAACAAAUGAAGAAGUUAAAUCUGAUGAAGUCAUAGAAGUUUUAUCUGCAUCACCUUCAAAGGAACUGGAAGGUGAGACCGUUGUUGAAGCCGAAAAGAUUGAAAAUAUAAAAGAGUAUGAAGAAGAACAAGCAGCAGACAAGAUCCAGAAAAGUCUUGAGACUGUUGAAACAGUUGAAUCUCAUAGUUCAUUGCCAUCUUUUUCAGAGGAGCAAGAACAUGGGGCUGUCUCCGAGAAGAUAGAAGCCGGAGAAGUGAAGGAGGAAGAACCGAUGGUCCAAAUAAAAAGUGAGGACGGUGAAACAAAAAGUCAUGAGAGACAAGAAGAAUUUUCUAAGGAUGUAGAGACGAAAGAAACAACGGUUGUCCAAGAUGAGAAGAACAGAGAUAUUGAACCUUCUUUAACUGAAAAAUACUCCAUGGAUCAGUCUCAACCUGAGGAACAGGAAAAGGAAUUGUCGGGGAACAGUGAGAACGUUGUGAAUGAAACGUAUGCGUUGCAUAGCGUAGAAGCUGCAGAAGAAGAAACUGCAACAAAUGGUGAAUCACUACAUGAUGUCGAAACUACAAAAAGUGUUCUUCUUGAAGUGGAAAAAGAAGAAGAAGAUGCAGAGAUUAAAACAGAUUCAGAACCGAGGUUGGAUGCGAUAGAGAGAGAGGAAAUAGAGACUGUAAAGACAGUUGUAGAAGAUGCUAAGAUCGAUAAAAAUGAAGAAGCUACAGUUCAUGAAUCUGAAAGCUUGAAAGGAGAUGAUCACCAGGGAGAGAAUGCAGAAUCAGUGGAAGCAAUCAAGAACUCAGACGAUGCGGAGCAAAUCUUAAGUGAGGUGACUGGAGACAGAGAAAAGGAAGACGACAUAGCCCAAAAAGCAGAAGAGGUGCAAGAAAGUCCUAGGGUAAUCGAAAUACCGAAAAUACAAGAAGAGGACAUUGAAUCGAAAACCUCAAUAGAACUUAAGGAAGAGGUAGAUCAAAGCUCAAAAGAUACAGAGGAACCUGAACAUGUGUUGGAGAGAGACAUACCACAAUGUGAGACUGAGACCCUUGAAGCUGAGGCUGUAGAUACUUCAACAGUCCAAGAAGCUGCGAUCUUAAAGACUUUGGAUAACAAUAUUAGUGAAACAGAGGCAGUGCAUAGUGAAAUGGGUGGAGCAGAAGAAGGCCAAGAAACAAAAGUAGCCACAGAAACGAGUCUAGACCUGAAAGUGGGUAAAGAACAAAAGGAAGCAGAGACAGUAAAGGCUGUCAUUUUUUCUGAUGAGGUGAGACCUUCCGAUCAAGUUGAUGUUCAAGCAGAAGAAUUUGGUGAACAUACCGAACCUUGUAGCUCAGAGAUCAAAUAUGAAAGCGAGGGAAGAGAAGAAUCUGUUGAGGUCAAUUCUAAGGAGAUCGUUCAAAGUGUGAGCAGUGAGGAGAAGGAUGUGAAUCUGCUUGAUAUACGAUCUGAAGAAUCAGAGAAGUAUCAAGAAAAUGAACCUGAUGUAUUUCUAGUCUCGAAGACCGAAAGCGGAGAUAAUUUUGAAGAAAUUCCAUCUACUGUUGAAGGUGCUGGGUUAGAUGAGACCACACAAAACCAAACUCUUGCGGAUGUAGAAUCAGUUGAGAAGGUGCAUACACCAUCUCUUGAGACUCCUUCUGAACUAUUUGAGGAAACAAGCAAAACCGAAGAUGAAAAGAUCAAAGAUAAACCAAAAGAAGAAGUAACAUUGCAUCAAGAAGGUCAAGAAGAAGGUUCCAAUGGAUUAGAGACAAAAGAAGAGACGGUUUCAGUACCAGAAAGUAGGGAACUUGGAGAACAAGCCCAUGAAGAAGAAUUAUGGCUGCAAAAUGAACAAGAAAAAGAAGUAAAGUUGCAGAAAGAACAAACAAAGGAAGAAGUUUCUAAUGACCAGCAGACUCCCAUGGGAGAAACAUCUGAUCAAGUUAUAAAAGUUUCAUCUGCAUCACUUUCAGAGGGACCGGAAGAUGAGACCCUUUUUGAAAAAAUUGAAGACAAAGAAGUAGAUGGGGAAGAACAAGUAGCAGACAAGAUCCAGAAAAGUCUUGAGACUGUUGAAACAGUUGAACCUCAUAGUUCAUUGCCAUCAUCUUCCGAGGAGAAAGAACAUAAGACUGUUCCCGAAAAGACAGACGGCGAAAAAGUUAAGGAGGCAGAACCAAUAGGAGAUAUGAGGGAGAGAGGUCUUGACUUUGCUGAAACAACACAUCCGAGUCUUCCAUCCGUUGAUCAGAAAGAGGAUAUCAAAGCUUUUGAUGAAGAAAUUCAUAUUCCAUCUGUUGUUACUUCAACAGAAAAAGGAGAAACAAAUAAAGCAAAUGAAACUGAAGAUGAUAAACUGGAUGAACAUGUCGAUUCUUCAACCUCCCCAAUGUUAUCAGAGAAAAAUGAUGAUGAAACUCAGACUGCAGAGGCAGAGAAAGAAAAUGAAGAGAUAACAGUGAGCACCUCAAAAACAUCAGAACUUGAAACUCCAAAGCCAGAGGAGUCAAAAGAAGACAAGAGCCAGGAAAUUGCUGAGACCAUCAAAGACAUUGAAGCGAGUGAUCAGACUCUUCCCAUCGAAACAUCACAUACAGAUAAUACUCUAUCAUCUGAAUUAGUGUCAGAACAAGAUGACCAGACUCCUAAGCAGGUUGUGGAGAUUCAUGAGGAGGAACCAAAGGACGCACAUGAGGUAGAAGCAACGAGUGAUCGGAAUCUUCCAGUUGAAACAUCACAUGUAGAUAAUACUCCGUCCUCUCAGUUAUCAGAACUGGAUGACCAAACUCUAAAGCAGGUUGAUGAGAUUCAUGAAGAAGAAACAAAGGAAGAACACAAGUUACACGCUGAAGAAAUCCUCCCUAUCGAAAUUAUUCCAAGAGAAUCAUCUGAUGAAGCUCUAGCUUCCAUUUUGGCUUCUAAGGAAGACGGUCACGUGGCUCUGCAAGAAGAUAAUUGUGCCGAUGGCGUUAGAGAAACAAAGGACAUACAAGAGGAACGAUCUGUUUUUGUGGAAACAGAAGAGAGUGUAGGAGAAACAAAACCAAAAGAGCCUGAAGAUGAAAUAAGGGAUGAACAUGUGGAGACUCCAACCUCGCCAAUAAUCUUGGAGGAAAAUGAUAGUGAGACUCUGAUUGCAGAGGCAAAGAAAGGAAAUGAAGACAUAAAUGAAACAGAGAGAACAGUUGCUUUGGAAAGCUCAGGGACCUCAAAGAAAUCAGAAAAUGUAUGCAUUAAACAAGAAGAGUUUGUGAACCAUGAAGCUCCAAAGCUAGAAGAGACAAAGGAAGAGAAGAGCCAAGAAAUUCCUGAGACCGCUAAAGCAAUAGAAACUACUAUUGAUCAGACUCCAUCCUUAGUUUCAGAUAAGGAUGACCAAACUCCAAAGCAAGUUGAGGAAAUUCUUGAAGGUGAAACAAAGGAAACACACAAGGUACAAGCUGAACCUAUCCUCUCUACAGAAACCGUUCCAAGAGAAUCAUUCAUUGAAGCUCCAGUUUCCAUGUUGGCUUCUGGAGAAGACGAACCAGUGACUCCGCAAGAAGGAGACUAUGCAGGUAACACACAAGAGGAACCACAUGUUUCUGUAGAAACAAAACCAAAAGAAUCGGAAGCGGAAGGAAUAGAAAAAUCAGAUGAUCAGGUUGAGGAUGAAAGUACAAAGAAAACGGAUGUCGAAGUGGCUGAGUUAGCAAAUGAUAAUCCUACAGAGGAGGCUGAGCAUGGAGAUGAGACUUACUCAACUCUUCCAGUUGUUGGAAUCUUGACACAACUCCAAACUACAUUGGAGUCUGAGAGAGAAAUCGAUGAUUCUGCAUCAUCCGGAGAAAACUCGAUAAAAGAGCCUACAGAUCAAGAUCAAGAACAAAAGAAAAGUGAUGUUGAGGUUGACUCAAAUGAAAUAGAUUCUGCUACUGGGAUCAUAGAAGCAAAAACAUUACAAGAAGAUGAAAGCGGAGAAACUGAAAAAAUCCAGGAAGAAAACGGUCUCGCAGGGAAAUCUCUUCCAAUAGAAGAAAGUUUGCAAGAGGAACAUAAAGAAGAGGUAAAAGUACAAGAUGGAAUCAGCAGAGAGUUUGAAGUCAACGUCGAAGAGAAAUUACAAGAAGAAACUAGGGAGAUUGCAGACUAUAAGGGAGAAAUUCCAGAAGUGUUACCUGGUGAGAAAAUUGUGAUUCCAUCUUCUGCGUUGCCUUCUGAGGAGCUAGAGGAUGUGAAUUCUGCUGAAAAGCAAGAAGAACGUGAGCCACAACAAGAUGUCAAUGCUUCAACAUCAGAGAAGCAGAAAGAGACUCAUGAAACUGUUAAAGAUAAAAUUGUUGAUAACAUAGACGAAAAGAAGAAUGAGGAGGUACAAGAUGAGAAGCUUCAGGGUCUUUCUGCCACAGGGGAUAUAGAAGAAAUUUUUUCAUCAGAAGUGAAAAAGGAUAAAGAAGAUGCAAGUGAGGUUGGAGUACUUGGUCAUGAUGUCGUCACACCAGAAGUAGAAAAAGAAGAAGAACCUCACAGUGUGUUGGAGAAUGUAGAAGAGAUCAACGAGUCAGUCACAUCAGAGAAGCAAAUUACAGAUCCAGUGGGAGUCAUAAAGAAAGCUAGUGAAGCUGAGCAUGAAUCACAUGAAGAACAUGUUGAAACUCAAGCCAUAUCAGAUGAUACAAAGAGCAACAAUGGUAGGGAUUUUCCAACAGAACAAGCACCAAAGGAUCAAAGUGACGACGUUAGUGCUGAUGAAUCUCUCACUAAAGACGUAGUAGGUGAGCAACUUCAGGUUCCAUCCUCAACAGUACUAGAUGAUUUCAAAGAGAACAGUAACACGGAAGCAGUGACGGACCUUGCUGCAGUACAGAAUUCAUGUGAAGUCAUUCAGUCUCAUCAAUCUCCCAUUGAAGAAACUUCAUUUGAAGUCGAGAAGGCACAAGAAGAUAAAAACGAGGAAACUGUUGAUGCUUUGAUAACGAACGUGCAAGUGCAAGAUCAGCCCAAGGACGACUUUGAAGCUCCUGCAAUAGAGAAAGAGAUAUCACAACAAGAACAGAAGUCGAAUGAUCUCACAGAUGCCCAAGAAGAUAUUGGUACAUAUGUUAAAGUGCAAGUUCCUGAUGAUAAACUUGGUGACGAAGAUGCAAUCAAAGAUGGAGUUACUGUUGAAGAGAAGAACAACACGUCUGAAAAUAUUGAUCACGAAGCUGCAAAAGAGAUCUAUCAAGAAGAGAGUAAGCAAACAGAUACUGUCAAGGAAGAGAUCAAAGAGAAGGAAAUAAAUCAAGAAAGUUUCAACAAUGUGAAGAAAACUGAUGAUGUGAUAGACAAAACACAACCCGAAAUUCCGGGUAUCGAAAGCUUGUCUUCUGUCAGCAAAACACAAGACAAACCAGAGCAAAAAGAUGAAGUUCCAAACCAACAGAGUAGGGAAAUAACCAAUGAAGUUCCAAAGCUAGAGAAUCCAAAGAUUGGAGAAGAACUACAACAAAAAGAUGGAGAAUCUGAGAACACCAAAGAUUUGUUUUCAGAAGUAAAAGAUUCUGAACCGGCAAGGAAAUCGCUAUCAGACCACAUCCAGAAAGUGAAAGGAACAAAUAAGAUUGAAGAGGCAACAACAGAACCGCAUAUCGAAGAAGAGCCUAAAACAGAGGAAGAUGAGAAUGAUGAUGAAGAUCAUGAACAUAAAGAUGAUAAAACAAGUCCAGAUUCUAUAGUGAUGGUUGAAGCUAAAGAUACAAUAAGCAAUAUCAAGACUCAUAAGAAAUCUCACGGCAUUCUCUCUGGUGUUGGUUCAAAGGUAAAGCAUUCCAUUUCCAAGGUCAAGAAAGUACUCACUGGCAAAUCUUCUCACACAACAAAGCCUUCAUCACCUAAAUAAGAGAAGAACAAAAAAAACACAAUCAGUGUCUAUAAAGCUUUUUUUGUUUG